CACCUCUGCAGGAAUUUGUAUACCUCUACAUGUGCACUGUAUAUGGGUAUUGUUAUAAAAUGCUGGUGGGAGAUACUGGAAAAAAGACUACAAUACGGUUGAUGGCCUUCAGUGUAAUCUAAUGACUCUGCAUAGGAUGAAAAGCUUGGGUUACUAGUAAUAGAAAAUAGGAUGGAUGUACACGACAAAAUUGCCACUUCUGAAAUAGUGCCAUGGAGAGAGAACAGUGGAAAGCAAGGCGAAAAUGAGGAUGAAGAACAAGAAGAAGAACCAGAAGAGCUGGCAGCCAUAAAAGAAGAAUUGUCUCACAUGCCAUUUGAAGAAUUGCAAAAACUCAAAGAAAGACUGGGGUCAAAACUGUACAAAAAGGCCUUGCAUGGGAAAGCUAAAAAGAAAGAAAAUGGAAAGAAAAAAUUUAAAAGGGAAAACAAAAACAGGCCUAUGGAAAUGUCAGCCAAGAAACCUGUUGGCAGAUUCAGGGAAAUUGUUUCUGUAAAGAAGAAGAUAAACAGAGAUCCGAGGUUUGAUGAUCUUUCAGGAGAAUACAGUCAAACCAUAUUUCACCAAACAUAUUCAUUUCUGGAUGAUUUGAAAUCAAGAGAAAAAAAUAAACUCUUGAAGCAGCUGAAAAAGGAAAAGGACAAUGAUAGGAAACAACAGCUGCAUUACCUUAUUAAUAGAAUGAAUCAACAAGAACGGAGUGCAGAGCAGAAAAAAUCUGAAAAACAAUUUCAAAAAGAAAUUAGGAAGAAGGAAUACGAAGAAAUAAAGCAGGGCAAGAAACCAUUUUAUCUGCGAAAAUCUGAGCAAAAGCAAUUGCAGUUGGCUGACAAGUUUAAAGAACUGAAAAAGAGCGGAAACUUAGAAAAAUAUCUCAGCAAAAAGAGGAAAAAGAAUGCAUCAAAGGACAGAAAGAAACUACCAAUUUGACCAUGAAAGCAACCAUUACCAGAUCAUUAUAGCUGCCAUAAAAACAGUGUGACCCCUUUAUGUUGAAGUGUUCUAAUGAACAGAAUCAAGAUAGUCUCAGUCUGUUCAAACUGUAUUCAUUAUUAUUAUUAUUUCAAACAAAAAGUUUAUUCCAGAGUUUGUGAACAAUCAUAGCCAAAGACACUUUCCACAUACCUAUUCUCACAAUAAAAAAAGAUAAUACUUGCAAAUAAUUUUAUAUGUUAGAUUAACAUUUAAGUAAUGAGAGAAAAUAUUAGUUGGUUUUGUUGAUUUUUAUAGGAACCAUUGCAUUUAACAUACAGCAUUUUUUUUUCAAUCUAAAUAAAUGAG